AUGGAAGAUAGUGUAAAGAAGUUGCUUGAUGCUGAGAAAAGAGCAAAUGAUUUAGUAAAUGCAGCCAUGAGAGAGAAGCAGAAGAAGCUAAAGGAAGCUAGGAGAGUCGCCGACAAGAAGAUCGAGAUUUAUAAAGAAGAACUUGAAGAGAAUUUCGAGGAAAGAAAAAGACAAGAAUUUGGAGAAGAAGAUAAUCAGGAAGAGGUCCAAGCAGAGACUGAAGAAGAAAUUGCAAGAAUUCAGAGUGAGUACGAAGAGAACAAGGACAGCGUUAUUGACUAUCUUAUUGAUUCUGUGAUGCAAGUCGAUCUUGAGAUCCCAAAAGUUGUAAGAGGAGAUUUUGAAAGUUCAUAAUUAUUCUUGGUUAUACACAAGGUUUACUAUUGA